CACUACAAGCCUUUAUUCGUCAUUUCAUUUUCUGUUUUCUUCGUCAUUCUUCUUUCCCUCUCUCUUUCUUUCUUUCUUCCUUCCCCCAAAUCGUAUCAAACCCUAGAAAUUCAUCUUCCAAAAUCUGACACAUUUCGUCACCAGAACCCUAAAUUUCCUCAUCAAAACCUCACUCCCCAAAUCAAAUACCUCAAUUAGUACCUCAAUUUGCCGAAUCGAUCUCAAUCCCUUCAUUUUUUUUUCUCAUUUUUCUCGAUCGGCGAAUUUUUCGCGAUUGAAUUAAAAAAGAUCCCAGAUUCCGUUACAGUGGCUUUCGCAUGGGUAAGAUUCUCCGAGAAACCGCGAAACCAUCUUCAAGUUCAUGGUCUCCAUCUUCUUCAUCGGAACCGGCGACAACCUCGUCGACUUCGAUAACGGAGACAGUGAAAGGCUCUCAUCAGUUCAAGAUCAAGGGGUACUCGCUUUCGAAAGGGAUCGGGAUUGGGAAAUACAUAGCGUCGGAUAUAUUCUCGGUUGGUGGCUAUGAUUGGGCGAUUUAUUUUUACCCUGAUGGAAAGAGUGUUGAAGAUAAUGCUACCUAUGUUUCUCUCUUCAUUGCUCUUGCAAGCGAUGGAACCGAUGUUAGGGCUCUUUUUGAGUUGACUCUUUUGGAUCAGAGUGGGAAAGAGAGGCAUAAGGUUCAUAGCCAUUUUGAAAGAACUCUUGAAAGUGGACCUUAUACCUUAAAAUACCGCGGUAGUAUGUGGGGUUACAAGAGGUUUUUUAAGAGAACAGCCUUAGAGACAUCGGACUACCUAAAAGAUGACUGCCUAUCUGUAAAUUGUAGUGUUGGUGUUGUGAGGUCACAUACGGAGGGCCCGAAGAUAUAUUCCAUUGCAAUACCACCUUCUAACAUUGGUCACCAAUUUGGUCAACUGCUGGAAAGUGGUAAAGGAAGUGAUGUGAGUUUUGAAGUGGAUGGGGAAGUUUUCACUGCUCAUAAAUUGGUGCUAGCAGCUCGUUCUCCUGUUUUCAGAGCCCAGCUUUUUGGUCCUAUGAAAGAUCACAAUACCAAGUGUAUUAAAGUUGAAGACAUGGAGGCUCCUGUUUUUAAGGCAUUGCUUCAUUUUAUGUACUGGGACUCACUGCCUGAUAUGCAAGAGCUUACUGGAAUGAACACAAAAUGGGCAACAACCUUGAUGGCCCAACAUCUUCUAGCGGCUGCUGAUCGGUAUGCCUUAGAGAGGCUCAGGCUAAUCUGUGAAGCGGGUCUAUGUGAAGAUGUUGCCAUAAAUACCGUGGCUACAACUUUAGCCCUGGCAGAGCAGCACCACUGUUUCCAGCUGAAAGCAGUCUGUCUCAAGUUUAUUGCUACCUCCGAAAAUCUCAGAGCUGUGAUGCAAACUGAUGGGUUUGAGUACUUGAAGGAAAGUUGCCCAUCUGUACUGACUGAGCUAUUGGAGUACGUGGCUAGAUUUACUGAGCAUUCAGACUUUAUGUGCAAGCAUAGGAAUGAAGCAAUACUUGAUGGCAGCGACGUAAAUGGUAGGCGUGUGAAGCAAAGGCUUUAGUGUGGAGUGACCAUUGAGCAGCUUUCUGUACAACCUUCUUCCACUCUCCUUUUUAAAUGUUAGCCGGAGCCAUAGUUAGAGGGAGGAUGAUGAUCGUUUGUAGGAUUAGAGGCAAGUUUUAAUCUUCUUAGCAUAUUCAUGUGUAAGAGAUGUAAAUGUAAUUUGUGUUGGUGCUGUUAUUGUUCUAAUAGGUUUCUGUGAUAUUCAGUAUUACUUUUAUUUGGAUUUGGAUAAAAACAUUUGUUUGAAAUCACUGCUCCUCUUGUUUUUGUUUUCUUUUAUUUUGGACAUUGUGUAUGUUUCUUCAUUAUAUCAGCGCAAAUUAUCUUGAAAUA